AUGGCGACCUCCACUCCCACGCCUGCCUCCCACUCCCACGCCUCCCUCCUUCCUCCUCCCAUGACCCCUUCCUCUCCUUCUGUCUCUAGCUUCGACAUUGCCAGCCACCCCUGUCCACGCCGCCGUGACAAGUGCCACAGACUCGCGACACGAUGGCUCCCUCCUCGCCUUCCCCUCCGAACGCCACCGCCCCCGGCCCUGCUCCUCCUGCUGCUCACUUGCGCCGCCGCCAGCAUUGCCACCCUCGCGGCCGCGCAGCCGCAGCCGCUGGCGUCGUCGCAGGCCAAGGCUCUCCUCCGUGUGCGCCGCCUGCUGUUCUACCCGCCGGCGCUGGAGCCGCUGCGGGGGGCGCCGGACCCCUGCGCGCUGCCGCCCACUUCAUCCCUCGCCGUGGCCUGCGAGGGCGGCCAGGUCACGUCGCUCUCGGUCCGGGGCGACCGCGACCGCGACCCGGACGCGGCGUGGCGCGCCGCGCUCCCCGCCAGCUUCUCCUCCGAGGCGCUCUUCACCACGCUCACCCGGCUCCCGGCGCUGGCCCGCCUCUCGCUCGUCAGCGUCGGCGCCUGGGGCGCGCUCCCGGGCGCCAAGCUCCGCCGGCUCCAGGCGCUGCAGCAGCUCAACCUCAGCUACAACUACUUCUACGGCGGCGUCCCCGACGACCUCGCGCGGCUCUACUCGCUGCAGAGCCUCGUGCUGUCGUGGAACUGGCUCAACGGCUCCGUGCCGUCCCUCGCCGGGCUCCAGUUCCUCGAGGAGCUCGACGUGUCGCACAACCGGCUCGGACCGGCGUUCCCGGACGUCGGGAACGGUCGUGCGGUUGGUCCUGGACGACAACAACUUCACCGGGAGCAUCCCGGCGAGGGUGGUGAGCUCGCUGGGCCAGCUCCAGGUUGGAUCCCUUCCUCCAUCUUCGCGCUCCCGGCGCUGCGGUACAUCAACCUCUCCCGCAACCGGCUGGCGGGCCAGCUUCCCGCGACCACGGCUUGCGCGGACGCGCUGGCGUUCGUCGACGUCUCGGCGAACCUGCUCACUGGGGCACGCCCGCCGUGCAUGCGGGGCAACUCCUCCGCGCGUACGGUCCUCGUCGCGGGCAACUGCUUCGCCGACGCCAAGCAGCAGCGGGCCAGCUCGUACUGCAACCCCGGCGCGCUGGCCGCCGUGCUGCCGCCGCCGCAGGGGAACGGAGGAGGAGGAGGGGAGGGGAGGGGGAAGGGCCACGAGAUCGGGAUGGUUCUCGCGAUUGCCGGCAGCGUCGUUGGUGCCGCAUUGCUGAUUGCGCUCGCCAUGGUGGUGGUGCUGAGGAGGGCGAGGAGGCAGCGUCCGGAGGCGACCAUCCUGCCCAAGUCGCCCGCGGCGACACCGACCAAGAAGGCGGAUGGAUGGAAGGCUCCGGCUAAGGCAACCCAGAUGAUUAUUACUCCUGCUGAUAAGAGUAAGAUGAGAAAUUCAUUUGCAUAA